AUGCAGCUAUAUCUCAUUCGCCAUGCGGAAACAGUGCACAAUGUUGGGAAAGUCCUGGCCGGUACCACCGACUCGGCACUGACCAACCAUGGGGUGGCUCAGGUCAAUUGCCUUGCUCAUUAUUUCGUCUCCAAUUCAACUAAAUUCACGACGGUGUUCUCUUCAGACUUAAGCCGAGCAAGAAUCACAGCCGAGGGGGUCUGUCAUGCUCAGGUCUCACCCUCUGAUAAAACACCCUUACAGCCGAUAUUGACUCGGAAUUUGAGAGAGAAAGGUUACGGAUCGAUGGAAGGCCGCUUCUGGAACACCUCUCCUCCAUCGCCAAGGCCGCGAGACUGGGUCAUGCCUGAGUCAAAAGCGUCGAUGAGACAGAGGGCUGAAAACUUUUUCAACAAGCACCUGCUCCCACUAUUGAUGCGUGACCCCCACAGCCAACAAAACAUCGCAGUCGUUGCCCACGGCAUUAUCCUCCAAGAGCUGUGGUCAUAUUUUAUUGAGAUUUUCAAUCCAGCGGACACUGAUGUUGCACCCGGAAUCUGUGACACCAACAUGACUACGCUUCAUAAGGGGCCUGUCUGGUCAAACACUGGCUAUAUGACCAUAUUGAUCGCCCCAAACCUGACAGAAAGGACCGUGCUGCCUUCUGUCAUGCCAAACUUCGCAUUUGUUGUUCUGGGUAUUGACGACAAGAAACACCUUGCCAAUCUCCGCCGUACUAAGGGCGGCAUCGGAACCGCUGCGCAUGAUGCGAAACAAAAGAGGAUUGAUCAGUUUUUCCAAUAA